AGGAGCGAAGGCACACAUGGGACCCGGCGAGAAUUCUAUAGACUGUUCGUGCUGCACGGGAUCUAGAGUCAGGAGGUACCUCAAGUCAAAGCUACCCUGCAUAGCAUGGAUGAGAGCGUACAAUUUGAAAUGUCUUCAGGGUGAUAUCAUCGCUGGAUUAACGGUUGGUAUGAUGGUGAUCCCACAAGGUCUAGCAUACGCUCAUUUAGCAGAACUUCCUCCUAACUUUGGACUUUACGCAUCGUUCAUUGGUGUCCUUGUUUACAUUUUCACUGGAACAUCAAAAGACAUCACGAUAGGUCCAACAGCCAUAAUGUCACAGAUAGUUGCGGAAGUAGCUAAAGGUAAUACUAAGCUUGCAAUCUGCUGUAGCCUUGUCGCUGGAUGUUUUCAGGUACUAAUGGGAUCCUUCUUUCUGGGGUUUGUGGUGUGGGUUAUCAGUACACCCAUACUGUGUGGCUUUACUACAGCCGCCGCCCUUACUAUAGCAGUCGGACAACUUUCUAAACUACUUGGAAUUAAAGGUGUUAGGAGGCAGUUCUGGCGCAACAUUUACGACACUUUCUCUAAGAUAAAACAAACAAGAUGGCCUGAUGCGGUAAUGGGAUUAAUUUGUUUGGUCGUGCUGUUCGCUCUGAGGUACCUUCAGAGGUGGACUGAGGCUAAGCGAAACAGAGCAGACACCCAACCCACCUACCACAUCUCCCGUCGUAAGAGCACCGCCCUUCACGUGGCCUGGUUCAUCGGCGUCUCCCGCAACAUCAUCAUCGUCAUCUGUGCUACCAUCACCGCGUACCUCAUCACCAAAAACAUGUCCGACUCAUCAGGCACCACACCGUUCACAAUGGUUGGGAAUAUAACCGGGGGACUUCCCAAACCAAGAGUAGAUCAGUUCUCUUACAUUUUCAACAAUGAUGAAUCAGUUUGCGGAUUAGAAACGGACGAAUCUAAAAGGUGGACAUGUAGAGCACAUACCUUUACAAAUGUGACAGAAGAGAAACAAGCCUGUAUUGACAUGGCUUGUUGUUGGGAUCCUGUUGGGAUAACAAAGUGUUAUAGCAAGGGGUUUAGUGUAUCGGAAGUGUUAUCAGGCAGUAUACUGAUAACAGCUAUUGGUUAUCUAGAACAUAUUGCCAUCGGACAAAGCUUUGCUGUUAAAAGCAGCUACCAGAUUGAUAAUAGUCAGGAGCUGAUAGCACUGGGAUUAGCCAAUGUGGUGGGCUCCUUUUUCUCCAGCUACCCAGUUACCGGUAGUUUCUCCCGUACCGCCCUCAGCUACAUGGCCGGGGUCAAGACACCACUCGUGGGCCUGUUUACCUCCACUAUCGUUAUGCUCGGGCUCAGUUUUCUAUCAACGUACUUCCAAUAUGUACCUGAUGCCUGUUUAGCGGCUGUUAUCAUGGUGGCAGUUUACCCGAUGGUUGAUUUCUCAAAACCUAUAUAUCUGUGGAAGGUUUCCAAGAAGGAAUUUUUUGUUUGGACACUUUGCUUUGUUCUUAUUUUAGCUUUCAACAUUGAAGUUGGCAUCGGUGUCGCUAUCUGCUUUGAGAUACUUCUUCUAUUAGGACGUAUGAUGUGGCCGUCUGUUAGUAUAAGACAUGUUGGUGAUGGUACCUACGAUGUUAAAAUAGAUGGAAGUUUGUGGUACCUCGGAGCAUUUACUGUAAAAGAAAAACUAAGCAGUCUGAUAAACGGGACCUACGUUAAAGAUAAUCCCGGGCUUGAUUAUCCUGUUGAGAACGUCAUUAUAGAUUUCAGCAGAGUUUCCAAGGCAGAUUCAACUGCUUUGGACAAGAUUAAAGAGGCGGUAGUGUUGGGUACAAAACGAGACAUUCGACUGAUGGGAUACGGCAUGUCGGACCAGGUCCAGAUAAAGGCAGCUAAACAAGGUCUCCUCACCCUCAUGAUCAUUGAAAAGACGGAAUCAGAUGCUGUACGAAGUGUAAGGUACGCCACAGACGAGUCAGGACAACCUGCUUACGUGAGAUUUGACGACAGUAUUAUAGCUCCCAAGCUCGUUAUAAAGAGUCGAUCUGGGAGUAUAGAGCCGGGACACUAUAGGCAACUAAGCGACGGGUCAGCUCCUGACGAUUCAGUCGGCGAGUAAGUCACCUUAUCUGACGUUAUGUCACGUGGUUUCAUAUCAUGACGUCACGUGGUUUCAUAUCAUGACGUCACGUGGUUUCAUAUCAUGACGUCACGUGGUUUCAUAUCAUGACAUCAUUAUAUGAUUUGGAUUUAGUAUUUACGCGUGCCUCACGCGGUCGCGUGGCUUUUCAAAUGACUUAAAGUGCUACUUAAGAAAUCGUUAGUUCUCAGUAACCUAAUACUCCAGCUUCAACCACGAGACAUUUUAUUUCAACUUUAUUUCAUGACAGCUCGUGGAUUUUCUUGUUUUAACGAUUUUUUCGGAAGUGGUUCAAAGAACAGCUACAGAAACGAUCCUUAUUAAAGAUCCGACAUUACAGUUUAAUGCUUAUAUUUGAGUUUCCUCAAGCAGCUAAAGAUCAUGUUAAAGUUAUCUAAACUGUAUAAUUUUAUUCGUAAACAAAUUAUCGAUCGCAUUUUCAUUCCCUCAGUGCAAGUGGUUUCAGAUCCUAUCAUAUAUUUUUGCGGUAAAUUGUUUAUGGUUAGAUUUUUAAUUUUUGGUAUGUUAAAGUAAUUUUAUCUGAGACUCGCAAGAUUUUUAAUGUGUUAUUUGUCCGCAUAAUUAAAGCGACGUCUAUCUUAAUUCUUUGCAUAUUAUGGUUUUCAGAAUUGAAUCAAUACCAUGAACUGAGAUAUUUAUUCAGUGCAAGUGGGUAUUUUCUCAUUUCUGACAGGAUAUAUUUUUCGUAAGUUCGAAAUAUUUCCAAGUCUCCAACAACAAUUAAUAAAAUUUCGUCUUAACUAAUUAAGGAGCCCUUUCCUUUAGUGGAACUUUUUAUAGAUGUAACAGAAAAAUACUAGCAUGUUACAUUUUUAUGGAAUAAUAUUUUUGGAAGGGCGUAGUUUACAGAUGAACUCAGUGUGUAUAUUUUGUUACCGAAAUUUGUUGUUACCGAAAUUUGUUGUGAUGCAAAAAUGUGUUUUGAUAUUUUGUAGUUAAUGAUUUGUUGUUGUUAAAUCCUGUUAUGAUGUUUAAUACCUUCUUUUUAUUAUUCAGAUCGCUUGUACAUCCUUAA